AUGGAUCAUUUAACAACGCAGCCCAGUGUUCUUGCUGGCUUGCUCUUAGCUACUUCUGCCUUGGCUGCACCAACUUUGAAAAUUCCUGCAAACGGGAUGUUUGCUGAAAAGUCGAACAAACAUGCUGAGAAUAACCUUAUUCCGGUCGACAAGACGAACAAUGAGAGGAGUGUCAGGAGGCAGGAGAACAACGCUCAUCCUUUUACUGACAAUAUAAAUCAUGGCUCCCAUUCCUUAAAAUGGAAGAUCAAAGACUGGGUGUAG